AUGCCUCAACCGACAGAACCCUAUGACGGCUUCACAAUCGAACAAACGAUCGCCAUCUGGAGACAGAUAGAUCGUAUGGAGGUCCAGUUUGUGACGGACCUUGGAGAAGCGCAAAACGAAAUCAACGCGCUUACCCGACAACGCCGGGAAACUCAUGACCUGGCGCAAGCGCAAGCAACCGAGAUUGCGCGUCUCCAAGGGCAGCUGGAAGCCUAUCAAGAAAUCCAGCACGCACAACCUGGCCCGGCCGCCAUAGAAAAGAAGAUCGUCGGUGUCAAAGAUCCUGGGGACUUUGACGGAGAACCAGGGAACUUCGCCCCCUGGAAGAGUAGAAUGGCGUUAUGGCUCUUCGCCAAUGCCAGCGCGCUGCCAACAAACUUUGAUAAAACCUCCGCCAUUCUCACACGUAUGAAGGGGAAGAUCCCGGCCAAAUGGGCCCAAUACCACAUCGAUCUGUACAGUGGUGGAUCUGAACCUUGGCCCACCGAGAAAGACAUGUUACAACUCGUCUCGGAUGCAUUCCUCCCAAGCUCAACAAAGGAUUGGGCUCGGAGGAAGAUGUUGGGUCUUCGCAUGGGAGAAAGGAGGGUGGAAGAGUGGCUGACCGAGUUCUUCAUCCUGAAGGAACAAGGCAAGGUGGAAGACGGUCACGCGACAGACUUGCUUAUCAAAAAUAUGAGCAACCCCAUUCGAGAAGAAAUCUACCGAGUGGGAGGACAACACGAGACGGACUUCAGGAAACUAUAUGAAGCAACACGCAUCAUUGGAGUCCGUAUCGAGGAGUACAAUAUCGCGAUCGGGAAGAGGAGGGUCAACUACGAGCCGAGGCCGUUGACCUUUACGGCAAACCAGCGGGCACCGCCAUACAUGGGCGAACCCAUGGAAAUCGGGGCAACACAAGUGUCGCCAAGUAGUGGCCCUAGAGGAGGGUGCUUCACCUGCCAAGGCCCGCAUUUUGCGCGGGACUGUCCGCAGAGGAGAGGAGGAGGCCAGCCACGGCAGCAGCAGCAACAGCAGCAGCAGCAAGGAAGUCGCCCACAGGGCGCCACGGGUCAUCAAACCCGUGCUCUAUACGACCCCUACUCGGGGAAACUCAUCGAGCAGCCUCAGACAGCAGAGGCACAAACUGGAAGCAGUGCUACCCCCUUACGGUGGCAAGCCGCGACCAAAGACAUGGACUUCGAGGCCGCUAGGGCCUAUUUCAGGGACUAUGAAUCUUUAAACGAACAAUGA